UUAAGAACGAUGAUCAGGCGUGUUUUGCUUGGGCCAUUACAUCUGCUUUAUAUCCUAUACAUAAAAAUUCUGAUAGAAUUUCUUCAUACCCACAUUACUCCACAGUCCUGAAACUGAAAGGGAUCCAGUUCCCCAUGACAGCCAAGCAGAUCCCUAAUUUCGAGCGUCAGAAUGAUGUAUCUGUUAACGUUUAUAUCCUACAAAAAGAAAAAAGUCGUUUGCCACAUUACCAACUUACCUUACAAAGGAUAAAGAAGAUCGACAUGUGAACUUGCUCCUGGUUCAAGAUCGUUAUGAUGAUGCUCCUACAACAUACCAUUAUGUGUGGAUAAAAAGCCUCUCCAGACUACUAUCGAAACAGCUUAGCAAAGAAGAUGGUCGGAAGUUCUUUUGUGAUCGAUGCCUCCACUACUUUCGAUCGCAAGAAAAGCUCGACAAACAUCUUGAGGACUGCAAGAAGUUUAAUGAGACUGCGAUCAAGAUGCCUGAACCUGGAAAAAACAUCCUCAGGUUCAAGAACUAUAAUAAUAAAGAAAAGACCCCUUUCAUUGUAUAUGCCGAUUUAGAGAGCGUUCUAAGACCCACCAACGAUCUUAAGAAACCACAGGAAUACGUGCCGGCGGCUGUAGGGUAUUAUGUUAAGUGCAGUUAUGAUGAUACCCUCUCUUAUUACAAGGCACAUCGGGGUGCUGACUGUAUGCAGUGGUUUGCUGAGGAGAUGGCUCAACUUGCAGAGGACAUGGCUACCGUGUUUUGGUGUCCUUAUGAUAUUAAUAUGACACCUUCUCAGGAAGAUGAGUUUCGAAAAGCCACUCAUUGUCAUAUAUGCGAGGAACCAUUCGGACCUGAAGAUAAGAAAGUGUGCGAUCAUGUUCAUUUAAUCCCCGAAAACAACUACCGCGGAGCAGCACAUGAAGGGUGUAAUAUAAAUUACAAAGACACUCAGAUUGUGCCGAUUGUCUUUCACAAUUUAUCAGGAUAUGAUGCACACUUUAUCAUUACAGAUAUUGCCACACGAAUGUAG